AUGCUCCGCCACUGGAUAUGCCUGGGGGCCUUGUUCUUUUUCAGGGAAGGUGGAAGCUCUUCGUCUAGUUGCAAGACAAUCGGCUGUGGCGGCCACGAUCCAACUGCAACGUGCUUUUGCAACCCAUCCUGCUUCAGCUUUGAUGACUGCUGCGAUGACUAUGCCGAAGCUUGCCCAGAGCCACUAUCAACCAUCAAGUUGGGGGAUGUCAAUAUGCUCGUCACUACAGACCUGCACUCCUGGAUCGAAGGGCGCAGCCACGAUGCGCCCUUGAACGCGUCCUUGGCUCAUGUGGUCUCGGUGUUGGACCAUCUUCGGAGUGCAGCCCAUGCAGAACAUCGAGAUGUGUUCUUCUUCGAUAACGGAGACAUCAACGAUGGAACGGGUCUUUCAGCAACUGCCCCGGAUCACGUGGCAUUCUUGUCCCCUGUAUUGCAGACAGCGCGCUACGAUGCUCUUAAUCUUGGCAAUCACGAGCUGUAUCAACGAGAUGGCCACGGCAUGGUGGAGGGCCCUGCAUGCCCAGUGGUUGGCCUCAAGGAGUCGGGCUACAUUGCCUCCUGGAAGGGCCGAUACCUGACCUCGAAUGUGGUGUGGUCAUCAACACUCCAGCCUGUUGGAAACCGAUAUGCCCUCGUGGAAGGGAAGUUUGGCACGAAGCUGCUGACCUUCGGCUUCCUAUACAACAUGGAAGAUCACUGCGAUGCUGUUGAAGUUCUGGACGUCGAGGAAACACUGGCGUCCGAGUGGUUCAAAGAAGCCCUCAAGGAGCAUGCCGGCCUGAGCGAUGGGGUGGUGGUCUUGGCUCACAUGGACUACCGCGACCCCCUGGUUGACAAGAUUUGGGCUGCUGUCCGUGAGGGCAUGGGAUCCACAAAGCCACUGCAGAUUCUGGCCGGUCACUCGCACAGGCGCGGUUACAGGCAGCUCGACAAGUAUGCAUCCGUCUAUGAAGCAGGAUGCAAGCUGGACACGGUGGGCUUUCUGUCCUACUCUCAUGAAGCUGACGGGCUGCGCUUUGACCACGUCAACAUCUCGGGCAGCAUUCAGCACCUUGCAGGUGCAGUGAAUCGCAGCGCGUCGAACCUUUCCACUGCCUCGGGUGCGGUGACUGCUCAGGCCAUACGCACUGCACGCAAGACUGCUGGCAGCGAUCGCGCGCUCGGAUGCUCCACGCAGAGAUAUCGUUUGCUUGUCCCAUUGGGGAACAGCUCUUUGUGGACGUUCUAUAUGAGCCAGGUGAUCCCCAACACGCUGCUAGACUCCCCACAAACUCAAAUCGCGAUCGUUGGGACGGGCGCGCUUAGCUACGACAUCUUCCCCGGACCCGUCCACAUCGAUGACGUCUACACUGCCUCUCCAUACGCCAACUUUUGGCUGAAGUUGGAGGGCUUGGGUGGCGCCAUUCUGCAGAAGCUUCUCGCUGAGUUGAACCAGCGAUGGACAUAUGCCUUGCCUCCUUACGUCAAUUCAAGCAUUCCCCUCGCAUCCUCUUCCUAUGAUCUGGUUUUCUGUGACUUCGACACAGAUCCGAUUCUUAGCCGGCUGUCGCAGAUUCUGGGAAAGCGUCCGGAACCCAAGCUCUUCAAGCCGCUGCUCAACACGUCCAGCAUCCUCACCGCUUGGUUUGAAAAGAGACCCUGUGCAAAAGAAGUGUUGGUUUAG